AUGAUCAUUGUUUCUGACCACGGCAUGGCGCCUACUUCGGACGAGCGUCUUAUUUAUCUGGACGAUUUGGUGGAGCUUGAUAAAAUUGAGCAUCUCGACGGCUGGCCGCUGUAUGGGCUUCGGCCAUUUGCCAAGUUCAAUGUGGAUGAAGUGUUUAGCGAGAUCAUGGAGAAAUACCGCGCCGAUCCGCAGAACAGCCACUAUACCGUCCACAAAAAGGAGGAUAUCGAAACCCAGUUGGUCGGAGGAACAAGUCAGUACGACUCGCGGAUUGCGCCGAUCUGGAUCUUCCCAAAGAUUGGCUACGCAAUAACCACGCACAAAUUCAUGGAGAAGAACAAGCACUACGCUCCAAAAGGCGUUCACGGCUACAACAACACCGAAGUGCUGAUGAGGUCAUUGUUUGUUGCAACGGGCCCCUAUUUUGAGCACAAAAUGGGCUCGUCGUACAAGCUGUUGCCGUUCGAGAACACCGAGGUGUACAACAUUGUGUGCGAAUCGCUGAACUUGUCGCCUGCUCCAAACAACGGCAGUCUGCCCUCAGUGCUGUCCACGGGCCGCGCUCUGCCCGACAUGUGGAGAGACAGCAGGAAAUAUCCGGACACGGACUUUGACGUGGAGUGGGUCUACGAAACAGCGACCGUGGACCUUCUCUGGGGCGAGAGCCGCGCUGAGCCCGAUCUGAAGGAGGAAGAGGGGGAGGAGGAGCAGGAGGAAGAGAAGGAGAAGGAGAAGGAGAAGGAGAAGGAGAAGGAGAAGGAGAAGGAGAAGGAGAAGGAGAAGGAGAAGGAGAA